ACACGUCGUCUUCAGGCAAAAUCCAUGUGCCCACAUGGAAGAUAGUGAGAGAACCAGAGCAGAGCAGUUGUAGACUCGUAGUAGUAUUUCUACUACUUCUUCAUCUAGUCUCGGUGACACCAUUAAUAGACAGAAGCACGACACAAGUAUACAGACACACUUCUCUCUAGUCUCCACAGAACACACAUAAAACAAACCAAAACAGAAACCCUUUCAAGUAUAAGGGUCUGUCUCUGUGUUUGGAUAUCAAUAGCCUGAAACAAAAAUGAAGGAGAAGAACGACACCGGCGGCGGAGGAGGCGGAGGUGCGUAUGUGAGGGCGGACCAGAUAGAUCUGAAGAGCUUGGACGAGCAGCUGCAGAAGCAUCUGGGCAGGGCUUGGACUAUGGAGAAGAACAAGAACAGAGAAGAGCAAGAACAGGAACAAGAACGGGAAACAGAAGCAGCUAGGAGGGUGACGGUGGGGCCCACCAGGAGGCAGGAGUGGGAGAUUGAUCCUUCCAAGCUCACCGUCAAGGGAGCUAUAGCCAGAGGCACUUUCGGCACCGUCCACCGCGGCAUUUACGACGGCUUAGACGUCGCCGUUAAACUUCUGGAUUGGGGAGAAGAGGGCCAUAGAUCUGAUGCUGAAAUAGCUUCUCUAAGAGCAGCUUUUACUCAAGAAGUUGCUGUCUGGCAUAAGCUUGAUCAUCCUAAUGUAACCAAGUUUAUAGGAGCGACAAUGGGAACAUCAGAGCUCAACAUACAAACAGACAAUGGCCAGGUUGGCAUGCCAAGUAAUGUUUGUUGUGUUGUUGUCGAGUAUUGUCCUGGUGGUGCACUGAAAUCUUACCUCAUAAAGAACCGCAGAAAGAAGUUGGCUUUCAAAGUAGUUGUCCAACUGGCACUAGAUCUUGCACGAGGUUUAGGCUAUCUUCAUUCACAGAAGAUUGUUCACAGAGAUGUUAAAACAGAAAACAUGCUUCUGGACAAGACACGUACUGUGAAAAUAGCUGACUUUGGGGUUGCUCGUGUGGAGGCCUCAAAUCCUAAUGACAUGACAGGCGAGACUGGAACCCUUGGUUACAUGGCUCCUGAGGUUCUCAAUGGCAACCCAUAUAAUAGGAAAUGCGAUGUGUACAGUUUUGGCAUAUGCUUGUGGGAAAUAUACUGCUGCGACAUGCCGUAUCCUGAUCUUAGUUUCUCGGAGGUGACAUCAGCUGUUGUCCGCCAGAAUCUGAGGCCCGAGAUACCUCGUUGUUGCCCAAGCGCUCUUGCGAAUGUUAUGAAGCGAUGUUGGGAUGCUAACCCUGACAAGCGGCCCGAGAUGGAUGAGGUGGUAGUAAUGUUGGAGGCAGUCGACACAACUAAAGGUGGAGGUAUGCUCCCUCAUGAUCAUCCUCAGGGUUGUCUCUGCUUCCGCAGGUACCGAGGACCCUGAAAGAUCUUCUCCUUCAUUGUGGUGCAAGAGAGGUUAUGGGGCGUGGAAUUAUUCUGCAAAUUAUUGAAUUGGAUAGAUCUGAGUAUUAAGAAGAGUCAAGUGAAUACAAAUUGUGGAGGCUGUAGGCUAAGAGGAGCUCUGCACUAUCUGUUGCUUUGUUGGACUAU